UAUUAAUUCUGACAUGUUUACUGGGGACGGUAGACAGUGUUCCUACACGAUCACCAUGUGAAACACAGUCGUCAGUUAGCAUGGAGACAGUCAUGGACCAUUCGAUACCCCGUCGUUGUAAGAAGGGUAGAAUGACUUGGCACUAUCCCAUGGGGAGUAUGAUCCUCCACUUCAAACCAAGGAUCCCCAAAAACAGAACUGUCUGGGUCUGUGUAUCAGCCGACACAGCAGCCUCUGGCAUGGGAUUGUCUAAUAUUAUUGGGGGAAAAAAGCGACAACUUCCAGACUUUGGCAGUCGUGACUAUUCAAUGUGUGUCCCCGCGGUCGACGGUCGAGUUAACCUGAAGUGGGACGCGUUGGAGGAGGUGAAUUACAUGGCCGUCAUUACUUACACAAUCGUGAUGGUCCCGCGUUAA